AUGACACCACGACACCUGUUCACGCUGCCGGUGGAGCUCGUCAUUGAGAUAGCUCAAUAUCUCUCAUCACCGAGUGUGUCGGCUUUGGUUCGCACAUGUCACCGUGCAUACGACCUCCUCAACCAAGUCCUCUAUUCCGUGCCUGUCAAACGGCUCUCCGGCGUCCUUGCAUGGGCGAAUUGCGCGGAGAAGCAACGGACCAUGCAUCAUCUUCUAGAUCACAACCUAAUCAGCGUGUUGGAGGUUAAACACCACGCCCUUUGGUACGCUUGCUCAGCUGGCUCCGUUGAGAUCGUCACACGGCUUUUGGACAGUGCUCCAGAUUUGCCAGGUGAUUGUGGCCCAAUCCUCUCCUGCGUCGCGGGAGUCAAUCGGAAGCAGAUCAUUAUGAUGCUUCUGUCUGCCGGCACGGACUUGGCUAGGUACGACUUUGGCCAGGUGGGGGAGCUCCUCAGUGGUUGGGCCCCGGAGGACCUGGAAGCCCCCCGAGCUCUCGUCAGACAUGGCCUCGAUAUCCAUCUGGUUGACUCCGACGGUGAUAAUCUGCUGCACCGGGCCGUCAAGAAAAACCUACCGAUCGCGGACAUUGCGUUCCUCCUGGACGAGGGACUGGACAUCAACCACCGCAAUGGCCUCGGCCGGACUCCACUUGUCGCUGCGAUCGCGAUCGAGGACAGCGCUCUGACCGAGAAGCCGGACAUAGUGGAGUUGCUGCUACAGAGAGGAGCAAGGACCGGCCUUCCAGACAACCGGUCCUGGUAUCCUCUGCAUCAAGCGGUUUUCGACGCGAAAACAUGGGCUGUACGACUGCUGGCGCAAUAUGGCGCCGAUCUUGAGGCUCGGACUUCCUACGGCGAAACACCACUUUAUAUGGCCUGUAGCGUCUACUCGCAAUGUGAGAAGGUCAUCAAAGCACUGUUGGACGCUGGGACAUCUCCGGCCGCUCAUGUAACAGGACGCCGGGGAGAGAAACGGACCCCGAUGCACCUAGCCUUAGCGAAGCGCGACCCAAUCCGCCGCGGCAUCCGCGUACGGUACCUGUUUGACGCCUGGAUGGCCAUGUCUCCGGCAUUGCCGCCCGCGGAUGUUGUCUUUGUCGCGGCGGCGGCACUGGGAGAGGUGGGUGUUUUGCAGAAACUGCUAGUCUCCAAGACGGUAAACAUCGAGGGAGCGGACGGGGAACAACGGCUCUGA